AUGGUGGACAAGAAAGGGAACAUAACGGAGUUGGAGUAUGCCAGUGUGGUAACGGUGGAGCUUCGGCGCGUUUCACCCAUGGCAGUCAUAGACGGGAGAGUCCGCGGCCUACUUGGCGCCCCAAGAACGCGACUGCUCUACUCAACAAUUUGUGAGAAAGGCGAGAGGGCUGAUCUAAAGAAGCUGAGGAAGGCGAUGAAACCCUCGGUGGUGCAACCGAAGCAGCAGCUGAAGUGGGAAGAGGAGCUGGGGAGAAAGAUUGGCUGGGGGAAGGCCAUCACGCUCCGCACCCGCUGCGCGCCCCUCCCGCGCAACAAAUCACCCGCUGCGGGCCUGUCGCGCGUACCGCCUCGCCCCCUGCGCGCCUUCCCCGUGUGUCGCCUCGCCCUCUCCCGCUUAGCACCGCACCCGCCGCGCGCCUUCCCGCGUAGCGCAUCCUCUUCUAAUUACCCCUCCCUCGCCCCCUUUAUCCCCCCUGCUCCCCCUCACUACCCCGCCUACUCCCCCUCCUUUUGCCUCCCUUCUCCCCCUUAUUUGCCGUUGUUCUUCCCUCUCUUUCCCUCCUUCUCCCCCUUAUUAUCCAUCCUACUCCCUCUCAUUUCGCCUCCAGCUCACACCGAUUACCCCCCUUCUCGCCUUGAGUCGUUCCCCUACUCCCUCUCAUUACCCUCCCUCCUCCUCCUCAUUUUGCUCCCCGUCCACCCUCUCAUCGCCCCCCCUCCUCCCCCUCAUUUUACCCCCCUUCUCCCCCUCAUUUCAGCCCCUUUCUCCCCCCCAUAUCCACCCUUCAGUUCUGCAUUAUCCCUCCUUCUCCUCCUCCUUUUGCCCCUCUUCCACUUCUCAUUUCCCCCCAUUCUCCCUCUCAUUACCCCCCCUUGUCCCUCUCAUUUCACCCCCUUCUCCCCCUCCUUUAUGUACCCUUUUUUCCCUAUCAAACCCGGCCCAGAUCGCUCACAAAUCCCCCUUUUCUCCCUGUCAUCCUCCCCCUUCCUUCUCCCUGUUAUUACCCCACUACUCCCUCUCAAAGCCCCCUUGCUCCCUCUCAUUCUCUCCCUGCUCACACUGACAUACGCCCCCUUCUCCGUCUCACUUCCCCCCACGCUCAUCCACAUUCCAGCCCUUCUCCCUAACAUUUCCUCCCUUGCUCCUCCCAACUCCCCCCUUCUCCCUCUCAUUUCCCCCUUGCUCACGAGGAUUUUCCCCCUUCUCCAGCUCAAUUCCCCCCACCUCCCUCUCAUUUCCCCCCUUCACCCCUGCGUUUCCCCCCAUUCUCCCUCUCAUUACCCCCCCUCCCCCCCCCCCCCUUUGUCCCUCUCAAUUCACCCCCUUCUCCCCCUCCUUUAUCUACCCUUAUCCCGCCCCAUUCUCGCCCUCAUUUCCCCCUACUCCCUCUCUGUAACCCCACUGCUCCCCUUCAUUUUCCCCCCUGCUCCUUUUCACUUCCCCCACUUCUCCCCCUCAUUACCACCCUUGCCGCCUCUCACUUCCACCCUUUCCCCCCUUGCUCCCCCUCAUCCCGCCCACUUCUCACCAUCAUUUCCCCCCUCUUCUGAUCCUCAUUUCCGCCCUUCCCCCUUCCUAUUCGGACCUUGCUCCCCGCCAUUUCCCCCCAUGCUCCUUCUAACUUUCAACCGUGCUCCCCCUCAGUUCCACCCUUGCCGCCUCACACUUUCCCCCUUGCUCACUCUCAUUUCCCGCCUUGCACCCUCUUAUUUUCCCCCUUGUCCCCCCCUCGUCUCCCCCCUUUCUACCAGGCAGUUCUCUCCCUGCUCACACUGA